UGAGUAACCCACCACCAAAAGCAUUCACUUAUUAUUCUCUCCACAUCAAAUCAAAAUCAAGUUAGCAGCAAGUAACAUACAAACAAACCUACCUCAUUUAUAUAUCAUCUCUUUCUUUGGUGUCCCACAAAAAAUUUGGUUCAACCCUGAGCAAGGAAAGAUUAUAGAGAGAGAGAUAGAGAGAGAGGGAACAAAAUGGAUUGUGGUGGUAAUAAGAAUACUGGUGGAAGUGAAAGGGGUGAUGGGCCUUGUGGUGCCUGCAAGUUUCUGAGGAGAAAGUGUGUGAAGGGUUGCAUUUUUGCACCAUACUUUGACUCAGACCAAGGAACGGCUCAUUUUGCUGCGGUGCACAAGGUCUUUGGUGCUAGCAAUGCCUCCAAGUUACUCAUGAGGAUUCCAGCACACAAAAGACUUGAUGCUGUUGUUACUCUUUGCUAUGAGGCUUUGUCUAGGGCUAGAGACCCCGUUUAUGGUUGUGUUGGUCACCUCUUUGCUCUUCAACAACAGGUCAUGAACUUGCAGGCUGAGUUAACCUAUGUCCAGGCCCAUCUCGCAACGAUGCAGCGAUUGCCAGUGAAAGUGGCUCCUCUUCCUCCACAUCCUCAAAGCUCUUCACCACCACCAACCCUUCAUUCCUCAGAUCACAUGGCACCAAAUGCUGACUUGCAAAGUGCCCCUAUGAUGCACUUUGGUCCUCUUCAACCACAUUCAGCAUCAUUGCCGCUAGGCAGCAUCGUUUUCGAUCAAUCGAAUCGACAACUCGACGAUAGGGAACUCCGAGUUCUGGCUCGAGAAUUUGUGAGCAAAUACUUGCCCGGAGUUAGAUUCCAGUAAUCUAACUCUCCCUGAGGAUAACAUAACUUUGCUUUAAUUUUCAUUUUCUUGUGUUUUGGUGCCAAUGCUUUUGUUAAUCAUACCUAGCUUAAUUUGCUGAGAAUGUUGCUAACUGUACAACUGGAAGAAAGUACUUUCAAAGAUGGAAGAAUUAUGUAACAUGACCAGUGGCUACUCCCUCUUUCUUUGGCUAAGAAUUUUUCCACUU